AUGCGAUCGCCCGUUCUAAAGCCCACGUCGCCCACCGCUAAGCGGAGGGCGCUUCAUGAGCGCACGCCGUCGCAGACCAACGAAGGCUCCCAGCUGCCCACGCUACGUCUCGUGUACGAAAAGGAAGACGAUGAUGUCUACGCCGCAACGCCCUAUCCCACCAGACCAGAGCACGUUCUGCUCCCCAGACCGGGUAAAGGCCAAAGUUCCGAGGACGACGAAGAAACCGACAACCAUGAUGCUUCCUUCGUCUCACAUGGUUUUCGGCCCCUGACAGCCACAGCAUCCUCAGCCACCGAACACGUCGCAGACGACAGGGCAACGCCGCGAUCCAUUGGCGAUGCAUGGGAGUUGUCGUCCACCGUUGACGCUGGCCGUUCUCCGCCGGAGCUUUGGGAGACGUCUGACGACCCCCGGUCCAGCAGAUCGUCUAUCCCGGACCCUGUUUCACCGCGUAAAAGGCACGAUGACGCCCCCGGUCCCUCGUCGCCGCGGCCGUCUGAGGACGUGAUCGUCCUGCCGUCUGUCACUCCUACCAUCAAAGCCGUCGUCCCCGAACCAUCUUCACCUCCAUCAGUACCAGCAGAACGCGAGAGUUCAACGGCUGCAUCGCCCAGUUCCAGUCCCAACGUCGUCCGCAUCGGGCUGCCAUCCAGUCCCAACUUCGUCGCCCUUCAGAGUUCCAGCCCGAACGUGAUCCCCGUGGGCAGCUCGUCGCCCAAUGUCCAGGUCGCAGAGCGAUCCAACUCGUCUAUUUCUUCGUUGACGUCCCUGGGGACGGUCGUCCGAACAUAUAUCAACGCCGCGCAUUGGAGUCGCUCACGCUCAUCGUCAGAAAAUUCCAGCGGACAGCCGCAGUCGGUUCAGUCCGUCCACUCCAGCCCGCCGCUGCCGGUCCUGCGAUCCUAUCCCUCUACGUCCACCUUUGGUCUACCGGCGACGGAGUCGAGCGGUUCGCCUUCAUUCCCCUCUUCUGUGCGUCGAACACCCUCUCCUCCUGAGGCGCAGGCAGCUAUCAACAGUGGUCUCGCCGUGCAGUAUCCCACCAUCCGCCAGCCCUCGACCAGUUCAUAUGCCGAGUCUUCCCAAGCGCCAGCCCGGAAAGACUCGUCGCGGUCGAUGACGGACCGAUCGUCGGGCCGUUGGAAUCCGCACCUGUCCACGGUUCCGUCCCAGUGGUCGGCGGAGCGCCAACUUUCGCAGCCAUCACCAAGCGCCGGCCAUGGACGCUCCAAUUCCAACUCCAGUCCCGCCGGCCCGUCGCGACCGUCUGCGGCCUGGUUGAGCGACAAGACUACCUCGUCCGUCUGGCUCGUUACCGAUACCGACAGCGACGAGCAGCUGGACAGCCUGAGCAAUCUCCCGUCGCCGCAGUGGCGCUCAUUUUUCGCAGGUAGCCCGGCAUCCUCCCGCCAGAACAGUUUUCGCAGUUUGCGACGUGCCGGUUCCAAUUCCAGCCUGGUGUUGACCACCAUCCCUGCUUGGGCGCGAGUUUACUAUGGAAGCCGCGAGCUGCAAAGUGCUCCUUUCGCUCUGACCGAUAGCCGUCCAUCGUCGGCUCGACCAUCCACCGCAAACUCUCAUGUCAUUAGCCAAGUCCCGGUAUCAAUCUCUCGUCCGCGCACCCGCCCGCGCGAAGGCUCUCGCAGCCCGCAGCGACGUCCCCAGAAUCCUGCAGUAGACGCUCGCAAUCGUUGGUUCGACCGGGAUCCGGCUCAAGCCCGCAGCAUGGCGGACACGACGUCUGUCACGCCGUCCAGCACGUGGUCUGCCAGAUGGUCUGCCAGACGGGGCACUUGGUCUCCCCAUCUGUUUAUAGACCGACGAGCGGACCAAAUCCGCGGGAGUACGUGGACGGCGCCCUCGUUGGACUCUACUGCGGAGCCUGUCUUCAGUCGAAGAAACGCCCAAGUCUACGCAUUCUGCUUGGGUUUCAUAUUUCCUCUUGCUUGGCUCAUUGCGGCCUUUCUUCCUCUUCCACCUCGCCCGCUGUCAAUGCAGGAAGGGGCCAGUGCGGAGAUUGGGACUGCAGUCUUCGGUCGCGUGGCCGAAUAUGAAACGCGACGCUAUCAGAAUGCACGAUGGUGGAGGAACCUGAACCGCUGGAUGUGUCCGUUGGGAAUCGCGGUCAUUGUCAUAGUUGUUACCUUGGCUGCCGUCGGUACAACAGUAGGCUUCUAG